AAUUGGAUUGUCUGUGUGUGAUGGUGGAUGGAAUAGCAAAGCAAAAGCAAAGAACCAGCGGUUUAUAGUUAUUUUCCUCUAAUAAAUAUGUAUCUUUAUUUUCAUUUUCAUAUUAACAGGUAAUAAUUGCAAAGACCUGGACACGGGAGUUUUGAUAUCAAUAAAAGGCUGCGUUUACGGCAAGAGAUGGGGUCGAGGAACGAUAGAACCUUCCAAGACAAGCUGAAGAACUACUUCAAGAAGGGUUCAGCAGCGCCGCUGCCGCCGCGCCAGGAGAUGCAGGUGUCGGCGGAGCUGGAGCGCGCUCUGGCCCGUGACGCGCCGCCGCCGCGCCGCCUCAAGCUGCUCCGGGAGACCGCCGAGAAGCUGCGUGAGACUACACUCGAAAUGGGUGGCGUGGAAAAGCUGUGGCGCGCGACGCGGGACCUGCUGGACGACCCAUCAGCAGAGCUGAGGCAUGCGGAGCUGCAGUUCUUGUGCGCCAUCGCCGAGGGCAGCGGCUCCGAGCUGCUGGUCAUGCGCAGCAUCCUGUUCCGCUUCCUGUGCGAGACCCUCCCCGACCACCCACCUGAGGACUCCGCGCUCAGGUUCAAGCUGCUGCACACACUCACCAACAGCGGCAAGGAUAUCAAGUGCUUUGAGGAGCAGAUGGGUCCGUUUGUGCUGGAGUGGAUGCCCAUGAUCCAGUCCCCGAGCUUCAUUGUGGAGUUCCUGCAGCUCGUCACCAACGUUGUCAAGUUCAAUGCCACAUACCUGGACGAGGAGGUUGUUCACGGGAUUGUCAACUGGGCGUGCUGGGUGUGCUGCUGGCGGGGCGAGGCGGGCGCGGGGCGCGGCGCGCUGGCGCUGCUGGAGGCGGUGGUGAGCUACUCGCUGCUGCCGCGCGCCGCGCUGCCCGCCUUCGUGCGCGCGCUGGCCCGCACCGUCAACCUCGAGCACUACUGCCAGCAGAGCUGGAAGGUGAUGCGCUACGUGCUGGGCGCGGACCUGGGCUACGCGUCCAUCCAGGAGAUGGUGGAGAUCCUGCACGCGGCGGGGGGCGCGGGGGACGAGGCGGGGGCGGCGGGGGACGACGCGGGGGACGCGGGGCUGCUGCGCGGCUGCGUGUUCUACAUCAACAUGGCGCUGUGGGGCGCGCGGCGAGUGCCCACGCUGCACGUGUCGUAUCUGGCCGUGCUACCCGCUUUCGCACAGGCGCUGAGCAGUAACCAGCCGGUGGUGACGUACGAGGUGGUGCUGGCGGUGGAGAGCCUGGCGCGGCGCGCGGCGCUCGAGCUGCACGAGCCCGCCUGGGACGCGUUACUGCAGAUACUGUCCAUCAUCAUACAGCAGAACCGUUCCUGGUCGCCGCCCAACGAGCUGAUCCACACGCACCUGCAGUCGCUGCUGACGACGCUGGAGACGCUCAGCGACCAGGGCCAGUACGCGGGGUCGCCGGCCGCGCUGCUCGAGGUCAUCGACCUGGCGGGGCACGACCGACCCGAGGCGUCGUCGAUGCGUCUGAUCUCGCACACGCUGGGCGCGCUGCAGCCGGGCGUGGGCUGCUGGCGCGCCGCCGCCGCCAAGCUGCUGCACAAAUACAGCGGUCGCGCGGCGCGCCCCGCCGUGCGCGCGCACGCGCUGCAGCACCUGCACGACCUGGUGAAGAGGACCAGACACAUCUGCUCGGAGGAGGUGGUGGAGCAGGUGUGCGUGCCGGUGCUGGUGGCGUGCGCGGGGGACGCGGAGGGGGCGGUGCGGGGGGCGGCGGCGCGCGGGGCCACCGAGCUGGCGCUGGCCUGCGCGGGGGACGCGGCCAGCGACCUCAUCGCGCUGCUGGAGAAGAUCCUGUUCCGUCCGUUCGAGAUGUACGUGACGGAGAGCUCGGCCGCCGUCGCCGCCGACAGCGACCCGCCCGACGUGCGCCUCGCGCUCGCCGGACUCAUCGAGAUAUUCCAGCGCAAGCUGCUGGGCGCGCAGGGGGCGCAGGCGGCGCGCGCGCUGCACGCGCUGCUCGAGCUGCUGGAGACCUCGUACCGCGCCCCGCGCCCGCACCACCCCGCCCGGCGGCUCGAGGUGGUGGAGCUGGUGCUGAACCUGCGCGUGUCCCCGACGGGAGCGCUGGGCUACUGCUACAGCGGCGGCGACGAGGCGGCGCGCGCGCUGUACUCCGCCAGCGUGCUCGUGGAGGGCGCCCCACGCCCGCUGCAGCCCGGUCAGUGCAGCAUCAAGUGGUCGCGCGUGAUCCGCGUGAUGACGUCGCUCAUCACGCGGGAGCGCAGCUGGCGGGUGCUGGGCGCCGCGCUGCGGGGGCUGCGCCGCCUGCUGGCCGCCGCCGCGCCGCCCCGCGCCGAGCUGGAGCUGCUGGCCACCAGCCUCGCCGCCGCCUUGACGGACAAGUCGCUGGGGCUGCCCGAGUGCCUGCAGCUGGGCGGCGGCGGCAAGCUGUCGCAGUCGGAGUUCCAGGCGGCCGUGCUGCCCGCGCUGGCCGCGCUGGCGCCGCACCUCGCGCUGCUCGAGCCCACCACGCAGCAGCGGGCCGUGCGCGCGCUGCUCAAGCACGGCGUCGUGCUCCGCCAGCCGUCGAGCCAGCAGUGCAUCAACGCGCUGACGAUCUUCACGCUCGAGGCGCGCGACACCAUGGUGAAGAUGCUGCCCGAGGUGCUGCUCGACCUCAGCAAGAUAUCCGAUACGAAGGCCAUCGCGUGCCCGAUGCUCGAGUUUCUGUCCACGCUCACCCGCCUGCCGAAAGUAUUCGCAUCCUUCGUGGAGGACCAGUACAUGUCUGUGUUCGCCAUCCUGCUCCCGUACACCAACCCGUCGCGCUACAACCACUACGUCGUCUCGCUCGCACACCACGUCAUCGCCGCCUGGUUCCUCAAGUGUCGGCUCGCUUAUAGACGGAACUUCGUGCCUUUUAUUAUACAUGGUCUGCACAACUACAUAAUAAUGCCGUUCGAGGAGCAGCUGUUCAAGCAGCCCCCCGCGCCCCCCGCCGCCGCGCUCAACGAGGACUCGUCCAAUAGGAAGCGCAGCUCUAGUCUCGGUUCCCGCGGCGGCGGCGGGCCGCGCGCCCCCCUCGGGCCGGCGCGGGGCGGCGCGGGGGGCGCGGGCGGCGCCUCCGCCUCGGCCGCGUUCCACGUGGAGCUCACGGAGACGUGCGUGGACCUGCUCGCCCGAUACGCCUACUCCGUGUGCAGCGUCAAGCCGCAUCGGAGCUCGACGGUGCAGUUCCUGCUGAACGGCGGCUCUUCCACCACGUGGCUGGUGGGGCACAAGCUGGUCACCGUCACCACCUCCGGCUGCCAGCAGAACAACAUCAAGCAGGGACUGUGCGACAGAUGUUCGUCGCUGUGCAAGCAGCACGUGGACAGCGUGAACAGCCCGCUGCCGCCGCUCGACCCGCUGCCGCGCGUGGACGACGACUACACGCAGUCGGCGAGUGACUCGUCCAGCUCCAACAACAACCAGCUGUCGGUGCAGCCCAACGCCACGGAGGUGCGACGCUACAGCAAGUACUCGCUGCAGCACAGCCGCAGCACCGACACCAGCUCCUCCACCGACACCUCGCUGCUGCAGCCCGCCUCCAGACAAAACUCAUCGGAGAACAGCAAGCCCACGGACCCGGUGGGCGAGGCCCUCGCCGCCUUCACGCAGAGGUUCGAGAAGAUAUCGAAAGAUGUGGACGCGGAGCUGGGGUGGUCGCGGCUGGGCGCGCUGGCGGCGCGCGGCGGCUGCGCGUGCUGGUGCGGCGGCUGGGCUGAGCUGCGCGUGCGCAGCGCCACCGGCGACGUGGCCUGGCUCAUGCGCAUGCAGAACCUGAUGUCGGGCGAGUUCCUGCCGGAGUCCCCCAUGCAGGACGUGCUGGGGCUGCUGGUGCCGCCCUCCGCCGCCGCUGCUGCUGCUGCUGCUGCUGCUGCUGCUGCCGCGGCUGAGCAGACUAGUAGUAACAACAAACAUAAUAUCGACAAGCAGUUUAGCAGCACGUCGGAGUCGUCGGAGGGGCGGUCGCGCAGCUCGUCCUCCGCGUCCGCCGGCGCCGCCUCCGCGCACGACCUGCACAAGUCCAGCUCUGACUCGGUGGUGUCGAGUGAGAAGCGGCCGCACGCCUCCUCGCAGUCCAUCGGACCCGCGCCCGCCAGCAACAGCAGAUCGCACAGCCACACGUCGCCCAUCAACAUCCCGGGGUCGCCGCCGCCGCUCACAGACGGGUCACCCGGCAAGUCCCGGCAGCCGGUGCGGCGCUCCAACUCGUCGCCCGAGAUGUCGUCCUCGUGGAAGCUCCCCUUCAGUCCGACCGCGGACAGCGCGGACAGCGGACAGGACGCGCCGCCCGCCUCGCCGCCCGAGCUGCUGCUGCUGCCCAGCGUCGAGCCGAGCACGUCGAUGGCGCUGCACGCGACGAAGAAGGCGGCCAAGAAGUGCGACAUGCGCGUGUCGUGCGAGGCCAUCCCCGAGGAGAUGUGCGCCACGCCGCCGCCCGCGCCGCACCCGAUCAGAGACGGUAAGUACCUACUACUAGAAGAAGGCGGCAAGAAGUGCGACAUGCGCGUGUCGUGCGAGGCCAUCCCCGAGGAGAUGUGCGCCACGCCGCCGCCCGCGCCGCACCCGCUCAGAGACGGUAAGUACCUACUACUAGAAGAAGGCGGCAAGAAGUGCGACAUGCGCGUGUCGUGCGAGGCCAUCCCCGAGGAGAUGUGCGCCACGCCGCCGCCCGCGCCGCACCCGCUCAGAGACGGUAAGUACCUACUACUAGAAGAAGGCGGCAAGAAGUGCGACAUGCGCGUGUCGUGCGAGGCCAUCCCCGAGGAGAUGUGCGCCACGCCGCCGCCCGCGCCGCACCCGCUCAGAGACGGUAAGUACCUACUACUAGAAGAAGGCGGCAAGAAGUGCGACAUGCGCGUGUCGUGCGAGGCCAUCCCCGAGGAGAUGUGCGCCACGCCGCCGCACGCGCCGCACCCGCUCAGAGACGGUAAGUACCUACUACUAGAAGAAGGCGGCAAGAAGUGCGACAUGCGCGUGUCGUGCGAGGCCAUCCCCGAGGAGAUGUGCGCCACGCCGCCGCCCGCGCCGCACCCGCUCAGAGACGGUAAGUACCUACUACUAGAAGAAGGCGGCAAGAAGUGCGACAUGCGCGUGUCGUGCGAGGCCAUCCCCGAGGAGAUGUGCGCCACGCCGCCGCCCGCGCCGCACCCGCUCAGAGACGGUAAGUACCUACUACUAGAAGAAGGCGGCAAGAAGUGCGACAUGCGCGUGUCGUGCGAGGCCAUCCCCGAGGAGAUGUGCGCCACGCCGCCGCACGCGCCGCACCCGCUCAGAGACGGUCAGUCGCACGGCGGCGCCACGUCGGAACCCGCGCUGGCGGCCGCCGACCCCGCGCCCAGCCAGCCGCAUCUACAGAAGGUGGCGAGCGAGGGCGCGGUGCCGGGUGGCGGCGGGGGCGGGGGCGGCGCGCGGGGCGGGGGCGGGGAGGACGAGCUCCCGCCGCUCGCGCGUUCCAAGCGCUCCAACACCAUCUCCGUCAUGAGCCCCACGCGACGCCGACGAGACAACCAGUCCCCGCGCGGGGGUGGGGGCCGCGCGGCGGGGGGCGGGGGCGGCAUGACGCCCGCCUUCGUGCUGCUGCAGCUCUACCACAACAUGGCCGCCGCCACCAACCCGCUGCCCGCGGGCGCGGGCGGCGGCGGCGCGGGGGCGGAGCGGCCGCUGCGCGUGGCGGGCGUGCAGCACGAGCGCACCAUCAAGAACCUGGACCUGGUGCCGCCCGUCGAGACAUACAAGGUGGGAGUGUUGUACGUGGGCCCCGGCCAGCACGACAACGAAGUGCUGAUAUUGAAGAACGAAUACGGCAGCGUGAGAUACGGCGAGUUCCUGUCGGCGCUGGGCACGCUGGUGGAGCUGGAGGGGCCGGCGGCGCCGCACCUGUUCCUCAACCUCGAGCCCGGCGGCAGGGACGGCCGCUACACCUACGUGUGGCAGGACGACAUCAUGCAGGUGCACUUCCACGUGGCGACGGCGAUGCCGACGUCCCCGCGCGACCCCACGUGCAACGAGAAGCGCAAGUACAUCGGCAACGACCACGUGUCCAUCGUCUACAACGACUCCGGACAGGACUUCAACAUACUCACCAUUAAGGGUCAGCUGAACUUCUGCAUCGUGGUGGUGGAGCCGCUGCAGCACGGCGCGCACCGCGUGACGCUGAAGACCAAGGACCAGCGCGUGCGCAGCCAGUACCUGCAGCACUGCGAGCCCGCCACGCUGUCCGACCACAACGCCGCGCUGCUGGCCCGCCAGCUGGCGCUGCACGCCGCCCUGGCGUCGCACAUCUCCCAAUCCCUCAACAUGACGUCGGGCAUGCCGUACGCGUCCAACUCGCUGGAGCGGCUGCGCGCCAUCAAGCGGCUGCGGGCGCGCCUGGAGGCCGAGCGGGCGGCCGCCGCGCACACCGCGCCCUACGCGCCCCGCGGAGACCUCGCCAGGAAGGUCAUGAUGGACGACUUCACGCAGUACACGUAGGCAGAGGACCGCUGAGGACCUAGCCCUGACGUUGCGCUCUCUCGACAUCAUCUGAAUCCAGGAUAUAUCUCAAAGGCUACAUAUUUCAGUAAAAUUUCCACGCCUCGUUCUUGUGCCAGGGAAUGUUGAAAGACCCAGCAUUGCCCUCUGCGGUGUCAUAUUUAUGUCACAGGUGUAUUCGUGACCAUGAUGGCGGAGUAUACACGAGAUAUCCCGUGUUUUGAGACAAUGUCGAGAGAGCGUACACCGCAUCGGGAGCCAGUUGCUAAUUAAGUAUAAUGAAAGUGAUUCAAUUUUGUUGUUAACUUUAGCUAGGUAGGUACAUUAUUAUAAAUUGUAACUUCUGUUAUGCAUUAUAUCUUGUGACUUGCGGCUUGUAAGUCUUGAUUUGUAUAAUGAUUGGUUUUGAAAAUGAUAUGUAUAUUUAAUACUACACUUCACAUUUAUGAGGCUUUCACAAGUAAAGUUAAUACCUUUAUCAACGCCAACUUAUUUGGUAUUCAUAAGGCAGCUAACAGAGGAAGGUAAUAUUUUGCUGUAGAAGUCAAAUACUUAAGGCAAUUAAUGAUAUAGUCUGCAUCAUGUACAAUUGUACAUAUUGGCAUUGCUGCUAAGUUCUAAUAUUAUUCACACAGCCACAAGAACUUUGUAGCAUCUCCUACCACAUCAACUCACACUUUUUAGAAUAUUAUGGAAAGAGGCAGUGAAACAUUCAACUUCAUAAAACACUUUUGUAACUAAUCUAAAUAAAGCCAGCUUUAAUAAUGAUAAUGUUGCAUUCUUCUAGCCAUAAUGUUUGUUACCUACUUUUAUAUGUGAUGUACACUUACACUUCAUAGCAGAAUUAAAUAAGGUGUGUCUAAAUGAAUUAGUGUUUCUAAAGAAAUAACAUUGUUUAAUUUUGUAAAAACAAAUUGCAAGAAAAUUGUGGCAUGUUGAUGAUUUUGUAGAGACUGAACUUGUAUGGCAUUUUAAUAAUUCUGUGUAAUAUAAUUAUCAACCAUUUGGACUAGUCCCAGAAAAGUAAACAGCAAGUUUUUCCAACCUGUUACCCUAGAAAUUUUACUAUAGGACUCCAGGGCAACAGAUUGGAAUAACUGUAACCAGAAGGCUAGAGCACCACCCUCAAAUCACUAAAAUAAUAGUACAUCGUUCAUUUAUAACCAUUCAAACACAGACUAUUAAAGAUUAAAAAGAGUAUCUUGAUGGUGAAUGUUCUAGUCGCGCCCAACGUAAAUAUUUAAGUAGGAAGCAGUGAGGAUUUUUUUGUUGAAAUAUUUUAUGUAACACUUUAUUACCUGACGAAUAACUUUUAUAAUCAAAUAAAAUGAUGGCUAUUUAAA